ACCUUCAGCGGCCUCGCUGACUUCCUCUGCUUCCUCUUCCUUUAUGAUCGCCGAUGACCCGAGAUACAGGCGGCAGGCGACAGCCAAUUUAGGAAAAAGGGUACGUUUUCAACGGCGAAGAGGUCAUAACUGGUGUGUCCGGCGCCGAAAACCUCGUUCCAGCUGGUAUUAUCCUUUCCCAGAGACCGCAAAAACCAUCUGGAAAGUGGUUCUCGGAAUUGGCGACGCUAGAUGUGGCUUCUACUGCGCAGAAAUCCCCUACUACUCUCAUAGCCGAAGCAGUCCCCAGAGAGAGUUCCGAUUUCCGGGCCGGAUCCCUUAACGGUUGCAGUUGCGGAUGUGAUGGACCGGCGCCUCUCACUUCCGACUGCUGACGGUGUAGCGUUUGGAAGAAUUGUUUGGAUAAUCAUUUCCGGUUUGAUCCAAAUUGCAGAAACGGAACAAGCAACUGGUGAUCAGCAUGGAAUAUCAAAUGGGUCAUUAACACUGGACUAGAGGAGACAUAAAGGAAGACAGAUGUGGAGAAAGAACUAACAUUAGAAAAUGAUUGCUUAAAUGACCUAUUUCACUUCUAAAGUCCGAGACAUGAGCAUCAUAAUCCAAAUCUAACAAAACAUUGUUGCUAGAAAUGUCACGAUGGAUUAUUGGUGAAGGGCAAUCAUGGUGCAUGUAAUGUAAAGCACUCGCUAACCCUUUGAUAAUGUUCAAUCUCUUAUCCCAAUCCAAUCCUGCCGCUUCUUCUGGGUUGCUCAAAACUGUCCUCAAGCUCACCCUUUUUGUAAACUCAUAGAUCAAGAAUGAAUACUCUGCAUUAGA